AUUGUUUAAAUGGUUUGAAGUGUACCCCGUGAGAUGUCGCUAAGUUAAUAAUAUUUUGAUGCACAUCUCCAAGGUUUUGGUUGGUCGUUGGGAUUCGAUCGCACAUCGUCGAGUUGCGCGGUAGGAUCCAGUCUGAUUCUUCUUCCCCUGCUCAGUGAUCUGCUCCCUCCAAAGUCAGUGCCUCUAUUCGGCAGGCGCAAAAUCGCAACGUAAGUGAAGGGAACGUACGCAGUUAUUGGUUAUCGUCAGUAGCCGUCGUCGUCUUCGUCGUUUGACGUUAAGAGACGUGCAUCCAUAAAAAUUGUUCUCUAGUGAUUCUUCCCGUUCACUAAGAAGAAGAACAGACAAUUAUUUGUGUAAAAUCUAUUAUAAAUAUCGGGAGUGUUUUUUUUUUAUCCCGGAACCGCGCUUGCACUACAAUCCGAUAGCAAAACGUCUGUAUGAUAAAAUUCGAGUCGACACCAUAAGAAAUAAAUUAUCUGCAUUUAUUACUAAUAAUACAAAGGAAAAAUUCUCGAAAUUGUGACCAGACCUCAAGAUCUGUCAACGUCCCCUUAGAUUUUAAGUUGAGUCUUCACGUAUAAUCGAGAGGAAUAAUAAUAAUAUAAUAAUCAUAUUAAUAAUAAUAAUCUAAGUUAAGGUCGAUAAAAAUCUCGGCACAUAAAAAGUGAUAUAAUACACCAAAUUAUUUGUUAGGUACAUAGUAAACGAUAAUAAUAAUUAAUAUACAUCAAUCAAUACGAUAAGAGCAAAAUGUUCUCCGGUCUAACGAGCCAAGUUUCGACUUGGAUGGGUAAAAAGAACGAAGACGGUACAGAUGCCGUUCCUCCCGAAGAAAAGGCCGCAUCUACUUCUGGAACAGAGGGCGAAUUUGACACUGAUAAGAAGGACGCCAGCCCAACGAAGGGAAGUAAGCUGGAUAUGUUGGCCGGCGUCAAGUUCCAGAUGUCAGGUUGGCUAAGUGGUGGAAUUCCGGGACUGAGUAAGGGCGUCGGGGGUCCCGGAGGAACGGGACAGGUCGAGGGGGAUUCACAAGUCCCAAUAUCAUCAGAUACCGCCGAAAGUCAAGCAUCAAGGGAAAGUGUGCAGGGUGCUGCAUCUGAACACGUAAAAGACGAUGAUGCUAGCAGGUGGGUUGCUGGUGCAACCGGCGGUGCAGAUAGCGGUCCAGCAAGCCUUGAGGGAACCCCAACUGACGACAAAGAUGGACAGCAGGCUUUCGGUGCCGUAUCUACGAAAGCAAUAGCAGGAGCUAAGAGUCUCGGUGGAUUUUUAUACAGCGCCGUAAAUAAGGCUGGUAAAUCUGUAGCUGAAGCAAGUGCAAAGAUCAAGAAAACCGUCGAAGAAAACGUCAGCAAUCAGAGUCUUUUAGGCGAGUUCAACAAGGAACAAGACGCCUUCAUAGCUAGUAAGCAGGGUGAAAAAGGUGAGGCUGUUGCGCCAUGGGUUGGAGCACCGAACGAGGAAGCCCUACGCGAAGAAUGUUUAGCCCUAUCAACCGAUCGACGUAAUUUCGUCAGAGCUCCUCCACCGGGAGUUGAAUUUGUAUGGGAUUUCGAAGCUGCUCAGCCUGUCGCGCAAGCUACACUCGCUUUAGAUCCCAAUUUGGAAACAAUGAGGUUCGAGCUUGUACCAAAAGUGAUAUCCGAGGAGAAUUUCUGGCGCAAUUACUUUUAUCGAGUAUCGCUAUUGCGUCAAAGUCACGAAUUAAACGCAAUGGCAAGUCAAACUGAAAGCAAUCAGAACCUUAUAUCUGCAGGCAGCAUCGAUCACACCCAAGAUAAGUCCUCGUCUGCUGGAUUGGGAUCGACGUCGACCACCGGAUCUGGAGUUAACGGAUCAUCAUCUUCGUCAAUGAGGUCUGUAAGAAGAGACAAUUACAGUGUAGAAAUGCAUGGAAAUACGGAUGAACAGACGGAAUCUUCAUCGUCUGUAAGACCGUCGAAUGAUACCACCGCAGCGAUAUCGUCGGCGGUAGAAACUUCACCUGCUCACGAAUUUGUGUCGGACACAAUGAGAGCCUCGGACACGGAUAUACAAGAGGUCAGAGAGGGGAUGAAAAAAUUAGGGAUGCAACCUCCAAAAGCCUAAGAAGAGGAGUGUUAAUCCGGUUUAACAGUAACGAAAAAAAAAACAAAACAAAAAAAAGAAUAUGAAUAAUAAUAAUGAAAAUGAAAGAAGCCACACACCCCCUUACCAGCUGAUCGUACGAUCGUUUACAUAUACCUUAUUAUUUUUUUUCUUUAUUCCUUUCUGCUUUACUUUGAUUUGCAACGAAGAAAAAUCAAUGAAAAAAAAAGAGAAUAAUUGACACUUAAAUUAGAAGACCAAAAAUGGUAUUUAAUGUACCAAUUGACUUAUUUAUUCUUAUAAAUUUAUUCGUGUGAUUUUUUGUUCCAUUCAAUUCACUCAAAUUCCCUACAUUACACUUGAUUUUUGUUGUGGUUUUGUUGUUACUGUUCUUAAUUAAUUUGUUUAAUUUGUUACGUCGAAUUUCUUCUUCCUCAAUCGUAAAAAUUCAACGGCAUAGUAUUAUAGUUAUAAAGUAAUUAUGAUGAUAAUAAUAAUGAUUAAAAAACAAUAAUAAUAAUGACACACACACACACACAAAUACACACACGCACGCACGCACACACCCGUAAUAACCCGAUACAUGGAUGAUAAUAAAUAAUGAAUAAAAUGUAAUAUAAUAUUUUAACGACCUAUAACACGUAACUGUCUGCAUUUUGUUAUGCAUGUAAUAAAUACAUGUACGUACACGUACAUGAGUAUAACGAUUAAAAAGAAACAGCAAGUCCUAAAGUACCUAUGCAGUAUACGUGAAAAAGAAAGAGAGAAAUAGAAAACAAUAAUUUAUCGUUUGUCUGUUGUCGAAUUGAAACAUUUAUAAUAGUUAUUGCAUAUAUGCUGUUAUAAAUAAUAUGUAUUUACAUAUAUUAGAUGACUAUAAUUAUACAACAUUAAUUGUUAUAUUUGAUCUUAUUACGAAUGACAACUUCAAACUUCAGUCACAAAAGAAGAUAAACAAAUAAAUUAUUGAUUAAAUAAUUCAACAACUAUCACCGCGAUGACGUAUGAAUAUUGUAAUUGAGUCGUACUAUUAUGACGUGAAACUACCGCUUCAACUAAUUUCGAUACGGAUGGUAUUAAUCAUAACGAAAACACACAAUAAGAUAAUUCUGACAUUGAAAUAACGAAAACUCAAAAGAAACGGGGGAAAAAGAAUGUUAAAUUUGAUGUCAUUCGAUUGAAAUAACAACAAUAACACCAACAACAAUAAUAAUAAUGAUAAUAAUAUCAACUGUAAUACAUACACUUGGAAACAUUUAUAAACACACACGUACAUAAUUCGUCUAAUAAUUAUACCUAUGCAUACAUACAUACUACAUACAUACAAGCCUAUGCAUAUACAUAUUAAUAUAUACAUAUAUGUAUAUUAUAUUAUAUUAUAGUUCAAUAUAUUUAUAGCAACCAAAUGAUCGAUGAUGAUUGAAAAAAAGAAGUAAAAUAAACAAAUAAGUAAUAUGAUGAUCAUUAUAUAUAUACCACCUAUAGAUAUUAUAAAUCCCACUCGAUUAUAUAAUAUGCAUUUAAUUGAGAUGUAAGAAUCGCGGGAAAAAAAUUAAACGAAUAAAAAAAAAUAAUAAUAAUAAGAUGAUGAUGAUGAUGAUGAUGAUAAAUUUCACUAUCUGUCUGUCCGUCUGUCUGUCCGUCUGUCUGUCUGUUUGUGUCUCUCUCAUCUUGAAUAAUUCUUCUAUAAUAUUCUAUUGAAAAUUAUGUACUACAUGUACAUACAUACAUCUACAUAUACCUAUAUGUACGGAUAUUAUUUUCUCUCCGUGUUGUAAAAGUAUACAGUAUAAUAUUAUAAAUGUUAUCCUAUAUACAUAUGCAUAUGUAGGAGAACAAGAAAAAUAAUGAUGAAAGAAAGAUAGAAGAAAAGAUAUAAGAAAACUUAAAAUUAUUGUAUUACAAUGAUAAUAUGGCGGAUGGAUGAAAUAUAGGUAUAUAUAGUAUAUAUAUACCUACAUAUGCAAACAUAUGUAUAUAUAAUAAAAAGAUAAAUAUUUAUAAGAUCAUGUAUAAAUAUAUAUCUAUAUUAUAUAUAUGAUUAAAAAUUCGUUGAAUGACAAUACGUGUUUAAAAAGAGAAAAAUGAAAAAAAAAUAACAAAAUAAAAUUGAACAAAACAAAAAAAACAAUAAAACUCGUGCAAAAAUAUAACAAAUAAGUAAUGUAUAUAUCCAUACAUAUGGAAGAAUAAUUUCGCGGAUAAUUAUUAUGUACAAUCUGUAUCGUUCGAUAAUAAUCGAUUUAUUAUUUCUUCAGCACGGGCUAUCGGUUUAUAAAUUGAAACGUUGCAGCGAACAGUUUAAUUGGGUGAUCUUUUGCAUUUCUUUGACUGUAUAACCCAAGCAUUUAUUGAAUGAAGAGAACAUUGAAAAUAAAAAAUAGGUGAAAUGACUGAGAAAAUCAGCAGAAAAGGCGAAUCAGAAUGAUGAUGAUGAUAAAUUCAAAUUUUUCUCUUAUUUUUAAAUGACCGUAGUCGUUCCCAACUGUUGAGAUGAAAAAUUUUAAAUCAUCUUUCUUUUUCGUCAUUUAUAGAAGCUCCGCGAGCUACCUGGAUAUGCAAAAAAACUGACAUUACUGCGGCGUAUGAUACAGUGUAAUGAUAAAUUUAAAAUACGUAUAAUUCAUUACUAUCAGAUCGGUAGGUUACAAAAAAUAUGCAGCCUGAAUAAUAAUUAUACUAUCGUUAUCAAUUACCCUUUUGAAUUGCAUAGCAAAGGAAAUAAAAAUAACAAUGAUAUUAAACAUGAUAAUAAUGAUUACACACAGAGAGAAGGCAAGAUAUUCAAAUUUUUGAAAAACCAUUAUAGGGGAAAAUAAAUUAACAUAAUCCAAACAGAAAAACCACACGUUUCAAAUUUCGGGCUUAAAGUAAUAAGAUAAUGAUCAUAAUAAUAGUAACAAUAAUAAUUUACGCAAUAACAAUGUUGUAAAUACACUGCAAUCCAAACACAAGGCACGUAUUUGAAAAAAAAUGUAUACGUUAAAUUCGUUGCAAAUAGAUCAAUCAAUUUUUUUCUCCUUCGGUUCUACUGUAAAUCUUUCGUUACCUCUUUCUAAUAUACAGUCAUAGAUAUAUUGAACAGUAUACUUGACGAAACUGAAGUUGGAGUAAAUUUUUAUUCUUUCAAUUUCUUUCUCUACACAUGUAUUAUAUUGAUGAUUCAUCACAACAACAACAACCACAACAACAAUAACAAUAAUAAUAACAAUAAUAGUAAUAAUAGUGAUAGUGAUAGUAACAACAACAACAAUAAGAAAUAAAUAUGUAUAUCAUGUUUCUCUGAAUAGACGACGCGCACUAUAAGCUGGGUUUUCAAUUGAUUUGACAGUCUCUUUUAUCAAAUAUUUGAUCAAUUAAAUUGAAUCUCUUUCGUUGAUUGAUUAAUUUAUAAUUACUAGACAUAUGAUAUACGUUGGAAUUAGUGUUGAUUCGCUGUCACUUGAAUCAGAAUGAGAAAGAAGAGCAAGCAUCUCAUCGUCAUUACAAUUCCCGCUGAUCGAAUAAUCGAUUGAAAUAUUUUUUGUUCCUGGCGUAUCGCUAUUUUAUUCAUCACAUGCACUGUGUAACCACUCCUCAUCUUCUACGUCAGCAACCACUAAUCUUUUUUAUUAUUUAAUAUUUCUUUUCUGUGUAUAUGAUUCAUUUGAUUUUGUAAUUUAUCCAUGUAUGAAUCUUUAUUCAUUUAUUCAUUAAUUUUUUUUUUACUCCAAAAAGAAGUAUGGGUUCGUUUUAUUUUGCAACAUGUUUGACCCUCACCCGCUUGUUAAAAUUGAUUUGAAAAAUAACAAAGGGAUUGAAAGCAUAAGAGAAAAGGGUUUUAAAACCAAGAAAAAAAAAUAUUAAUCACCCCUCUGGAAAUCCGCUAAAUCUACACGCUGCUUCUGUGACUCUCUCUCUGCAGAAGAAGAU